GGAACUGAUCUCUGUGCAGGAGUCCGUUUCUGAAGGAGAAGCCAGAUUGCAAGAACAAGAUCUUACCACAUUUUUCAAGGAGUUGGGUUCCUCCAAAGAACUGAACUGCUCUUUACAACUCCACUGCCCUUGAGAUCUGAGAGCUUCUUCAGCCAGUGGGAAACCAGUUCCUAAGACCACAAAUAGCAUUGUCUUCUCAAUGGAUUUACAGAAUGAGAGGAGGUCUCCAGAGCACUUAGCCAGUGAAGAUGGGGCCCAGUUCCAUAUCCAUCAGGCAGAUGGGAUCAGAAUCUGUGAUCACUUCCUCCUAGGAAACUGUCCUGAAGGAGCUGGCUGCCCACUCCACCACACUCGCUAUCCCUACCACUGGCAGUUAAGGCGGAGCGACAACAAAGCCUGGCAGAGUUUGAGUGACUCAGCUCAGCGGCACCUGGAAAAUCUUUACUGCAAUGUUAACAAAAGUCAUGCUCAUUUUUUGGACAACAAUAAUUCUUCUGGGAAACUUGCCCUGACUUCCUUGGAAGUGAUAACCUCUGAGACCUAUGACAAAGCGAGGCGUCUUUCCAACACCUGCGAUCCACAGCAGAACCCCCAUUUCCCCACACAGUGGGCAGUGUUUUGGAAAAAUGGUGAUAAAUGGAUAAAAUACGAGGAGCCCAUCUUCAGUGAUCUCCUCUCUGCCUUUGAGGAGGACAAGGAAUUGCACAACUUCGAGCUCCGGGGCAAGCACUACAGCGUGGAUUUGAAGAGGUUUGUGCAACAUAACAUGGAACGGGGAUACGUUCGCCACAUCCAGCGCCGGCCUUCCUACCGAUCACUCCUCAGUAUGAUGCCAUACCUGCAGAUGAUACCAAGUAAUGCCAGUAUACCCUCCUGUCCUACUCAUGACAUCCCUGGGGAAGAUCCCAUGGAUGGUUACUAUGGUCCAUACCCUGCUGUUUGGAUUCCACAGCCAACUGUUGAUCAGGCUUUCCUGCAAAUGGAGGUGACGCCAUCAGAAGCUGCAUACCGCUCUACUUGUGUUCUCUUCUACCAGUCUCUUCCAGAGGAUGAGGUCCUGGUGCUGGCAAUUUACAGGAUCCGGAAUGAAGAUCUCUGGCAAAGAUAUACCAACCGGAAAAAAUUCAUGACUUGGGGAAGAACAAAGCUUGAGAAACAACACCUGGAGAAGCACCUCUUCUUUGGAACCUCAGCCAGAAGUGUGGAGCCCAUUUGCAAGACAAACUUCAGCCAGUUCCUCCCGGAACAGCACAGCCCUAUUUUUGGCCAGGGCAUUUAUUUCUCAUUAAGAGCAGACUAUUCAAACAGAUACUCCCGUGCAAAUAAAGGUGGGAUGCGCUACAUGUUCCUGGCCAAGGUUUUGGUGGGCAAGACUGUGGCUGGGAGAGCACAUUAUCGCCGGCCUCCAGAACAGGAGCCUGGUGGGCAACUCUAUGACUCUUGUGUCAAUAGUGUGACCAAGCCCCAGGUGUACGUGGCCUUUGACAACUUCCAGUGCUACCCCUACUUUCUUAUCCACUACAAGCUCCUCUCUGACCCUGUGGUGCUGUACAGCUGAUGGCACCAGGAGGAGGGGCUUUUCUGCUUUCUCUGAAUCAUCCACAUAAUGACUUCUACCAUCAGAGCAUGAAGAGGGUUGGUUUUAGUCCUUCCCAUUCCUUUGACCUAUGCUCCUUGUAAAGGACUUUACAAACUGUUCCUGAGCAUACAGAGAGUGCUGGCUGCAAGUACAUGUAGGCUAGGAUUUUCAAAGGAGCUUAAGGGAAUUAGGCACCCAACUCCCAUUGAAUUAGAAUGGGAAUUUGGCACCUGAGUCCCAUUCAAAUUCAAUGGGAGUUGGAUACCUAGCUCUUAGAGUGGGAUUUUCAGAGGAGCCUUAAUCCUUUCGGUAUAGGAAAAACAUACCCAACUAAUUUCCACAGCAUUCCUCUACCACCUUCUUGAAUUCUCACUGAUGAUCCCCUCUAUUCUUUCCCACAAUCCACAUUUACCCACCUCUGACUUUACCCUGGUCACCUUCAAUUCAUUUCAUCAUCCAUCUAAAUAAGAAUGGCUGUGUAAGAUGUCCCUUCUGGAUUCCACUAAAAAAACACCACCACAUUUUGUACAUUGGCCAGAAGGAGGCAUUGUUGCAUGAAAUGAAGCCAUUCUUUCUCAUCCUGAUCUCUGGAGGGUCUUGUGGACCAUGAUGUGUUCCUCAAAUACAUUAAAAAUGCCACCCUUCUAUUUCUAUGAAAUAUCAACACCUUCCUCUCUCUAAAAACACUCCUCCCCAUGUGAGUUAGCUGUCAAUAAUGACUGUUGUUCAGUGAAGCCAGCUCUUAGUAAUUGCUAAAUUUUCUUGUAUUAAACACUUGUUUAAAUUACUACUACUAUAGUGGCUUUAUUUGUCGGUAAGGGGUUUUCUUGA